CUGUAUAUUUGACAUUUUGUCAACAAACCGGUCUUGCCAGUUUGUCAGUUUCGUAGUGAAUCUGUGAUGGAUCCUCUUCCUUUAGUUAAAGCAGAUUUUUCGAAUGCAGACGUUACAUAUUCUUUAAGAAGGGCCUUACAAGAGACUCUCGAUGGACACACUUACCAAAUAGAUGAUGCAAAAACUAUAAUUAAAAAUGAUGUUGAUGAAUACUUAGGCACCAAGAAAACUGCUAAGGAAGUCUUAGAAAUUAGUAACGAUUUCGAUCGGUCAAUCAAAAAAAUCAAUGAUGCAGGAAAACAAAUUAUCGAACAACAAAUACAAUAUCUCAGUGGAAAAGAGAAAAUUGAUAAGUGCUUUGCACUCAAAGAACAUUUGAAACUGAAACGAUGCAAUUUGUUGAAAAUAUUGGAGAAGGAUUUCGUUCAGGAAUUUGGUCUAAUAGAGCCUAAUGAUCUGUUGCCAGACAUUAUCAAUAGAUAUUUAGAUUUCAGAUACUCCAAUAUUUUUCAUGUUUGUGCAAACUGCACUAAGGAUGAUGGAAAAGUGAGGAAAAAUAAAGACGAAAGAAAACGAUCCUCUUGUAUUCCUUGUAAAAUAAUGAAAACAGAAAGGGUGAAAAAAGAAGAGGCGUUCAAGGUGACACCUAAUUUCAUAACCUUUCAUAACUACAUUUAUGGACAAACGUAUAAGAAAACUAUGAGAAUUGUCAAUACCAGUCGAACAACUCAAUCAAUUUCAAUUAGGAAACUUCCGAAAAAUUCAAUUUUUUUCGUUCAUCUUGAUACGAACUCCAAAUUGGCUCCAGGAAUGAGUGUCACAGCAACUGUGAUAUUUCAACCAGAGGUUUAUAGGACUUUGGAGGAUCAGGUUAUUUUCAAAAACAACAAUGGUUACACAGUUGACAUACCUCUGAAGGCAUCACGUGACCUACCCGAAUUGAUAUCCUGCCUCUUCAAAUCCACCUGCAACCUUCUGAAUAUCUCAGACCCCGGAACCAAAACUUUUUCCGAUGCAAGGAGAGAAGCCUUGAAUUCUUCCAUAGAUUGUGGAAGCUGUCUGGUUGGUCAGUACGUUUUGAUGUCGGUUUUACUGGAAAACAGAGGAAUGCCAUCGAAAUUUUUCAUCAUCACUGAAGAAGAUUGGUUCUCUCAAGAUGUAGAGUCUGUUUCCACCUGCAUGGAAAUGUACAAAAACGGUUUUUGGAUUUAUCCUACCUUCUUCGAGAUUUCUACGAAUGAGACCAUAGAACUGAGUAUUAUAUUCGAACCCAAUAGACGUGGCCUACAUUUGGAGACCCUGUACAUGAUCUGUGAUAAUAAUUCGUACGAAGAACUGGAGGUUAUGGGAGAUGCUUUGGAGUUUUCCAAGUCCAUGAUUGAAAUUAGCGUGAACUAUAAUCAACCAGAUAUCUCAAAUACACCAGAUUAUUGUAUUCAUUUGGGAUAUAUUGACAAUAAUACGUCUCAAGAACUGAUUGUUACUGUGGAAAACAAAAGUUCACUUUGUUUGAACUGCAAUUGGGAAUUUCAAUACGUCCCGCAACCUGAAGUUCACGAACUGAAAGAAGAGUGGAUAAAGUGUGAACAACCUGGAAAGAAAUAUUUGGUCCCAUACAGCACUACUUCUUUUAAAUUCGACAUUUUUCUUGACGCUCAAGAAAGUGGAUAUCAUAGUACCGAUUUCAGAUUUUUGAUCCUCAACAUACCUAUGGCUUGUCUAGAUGAAAACAAAGAAUUUCUGAUUAUUCAACGAGACACUAUUGAAGGAAAAACUCUGACCGAGGCAGCUGAUCUUCAAAUAUGUGAGUUCGAAGUAGUAUGUGUAGUAGACGUCUUACCAAAGGAGACACCACCAGUUGAGGAAUGCGAUUGUAGAACUUGUGCUGUUCCGAAUCACCCGAUUUCAAAGUUAACUUUCUCCGAACCAUUUCUGAAUUUCGGAAUAUUACCAUUCGGUAUGAACGUUCAAAAAAACCUCCAAGUCCAAUGCUUAGUGCAGCAGAAAGUCGACUGGAGGAUUGCUGAGAUAAGAUACAACAUCGAUUCGAUGCCGCACUCAGAAGUUCUGAGUGAAGACAAUUUGAGCUGUAGCUCUGGAACUUUUCAAUGGAGGGGACAAAUGCAAGAAAUCUCCUACAAUAUUAUUGAUAGGAAACCCAUGAGUAGUGUAACAGUUCUUGUUCUGCUGACAACGAACGAGGAAAAGGAACUGGAAAUUCAAUCCAUAUGCAUAAUCACAUACGAGAUAAUCGACUACGACAUUGUUAUCAAUACAGGCCAUUCUACGGGCCCGAUUUUGUGCCCAUUGAACUUGCUUUACGUGGACGUUCCAGUUGAACUCGAGUUCAAAAUUGAAAAUCAUAGCCCGAUAGCAGGUGGUUUUUAUUUUUUGAAACCGUAUGGCAAAGACUCGGACAAAGUUUCCAUCAAAUUCCACCCACAAUCAUCGAUUUUGAAACCAAUGGAAACCAGGACCGUCUCAGCUAAAAUCGUCUGCUCUGAAGUGGGCAUAUUCGACAAUUUGACAGUACCCUGUUCCGUAGGAUUAGGAAGGAAACCUGUGGAGAUGAGAGUCCUCUGCGGAGUAGACAGUUUGCACGUGUGUUUUUAUCUACAGGGUGGAGCGGAGAAUUACAAACAAGUCGUGUGGCCACCGAGAAUCGUGUAUGAGUUUGACAAUGAUUGGAGUUGUUGUCAAUGCACUGACGAAGAAUGCUGGGAGUUUAAUGAAAAUAGUUUCCAUCAUCAAGAAAAUUCAAAAUCUGAAAUUAGCUCUCUAACACAAGAAUCGAGAAACAAUAUGUUGCUGAAUAAUUCACGAGAAAGUGUUUGCUGCAGCAAAACCAUUUCUCAGGAAAGUAAUGAGCACAAAAUAUGUGAACCAAAGAGCCUUGAAGAUAUAUUUAGGGAAACUUUUGAAGACGAGCCAUUCAUGUUAGAAGAGAAAGUGGAAAUUAGAAAUAUUCCAGUGGACACUCCUACAAAAACUACAAUUUAUCUGAAAAAUAUAACCCCUGUGGACGCAACUUUCACUAUAGAAGUUCAGAAUUUCUACGGUAACAAAAAUUUAGAUCCGAUGGUAGAGAAAUGCAUAAUGAAAAAAAACACAGUGACGAUUUGGAAUGACUUAAUUGGCACCGAAUUUGGGAUACUGGUACUGCCUCAGGUUGAAAAAGGCAGUCUAGCACCGUAUGGAUUGGCUGAAAUAAAUAUUUGGAUAUUCGCCAACACUUACGGAAUAUACUCUGAAGAAAUAAGUAUCGAUAUCCCCGAUAUACCAACAUUCAGUUUCACUCUGUUGAUGGAAGUCAUCGGUAAUCCAGUAGUUUUUCCAAUGACACUCAAUUGUCUGAUAGAUCAUCCCAUUAUAAGAAUCGGAUGUAUUCCUUACAAUGACCCUAAGAUAAGCAGGCAGAUAAAAAUAAGGAAUUCCAGCUGUAUUCCACUACAUAUCGUUUGGCAAACUUUCGUUAAAUUCUCAGAAGAAGAAGGAAACGAACCUAAAUUCAGCUUAGCCUUUGAUAUAGUGGAUGAGAAUUUCCACUCUGAUAAAGGAAGGAUGCUUAUGUUCGAUGAGUAUCUAGGACAGAAUACAAAUCAAUUAUGUGGGAUUGAACCACAAUACAUGGAUAUGGAAAAACAUUCUGAUGGUAUGGUCAAUAUAUUUCUGGACCCGAAAUGUUUCCUCAAGAAGUUCCAGCAUACUCACGUCAAAUGUCAUAUAAUGGGGCAUAUUUAUCUCCAAGAAAUCCACAGGAGUAAAAUCAACUAUUUCUACAGACCAACAGAUCCAAGUAUCAACAAAGUCAAAAUCGAAGUUUCGGCAACUUUGGAACUUCCGAUUCUAACCUUAGACUCCAUGUGCGGCGAAACGAAACUGAUUGUAUACGCUAACGACGUGAUUUUCAAAAAAAUAUUCAAUCACUAUGCUCGCUUAGUUUUUCGAAAUGAGAGCAUGUCAGUCUGCGAAGCUGUGAUGAGAGUCGAAGACCCGUUUUCUGUAAGGGUUUCCAAGGGUGAAAAGGCCUCUAGAGAGGCACACGUUGUAGUGAAAGGGCUUGAAUGUCAGGAAGUUACUAUCGCUUGCUUCGUGGACUACCAAAAAAUCUUGGAAUUGAGCGAAUUGGUUUACGAAGACGCUCCAAAUGAGCUAACCAACCUAACCAGUAAAAAAACGACAAAGGCAGAACCACGCGGUCGUGAAAUAUAUUGCACAGAUAAGGAAAAUAAGGUGUUGCAUAUCAAAAAGCGCUUGCACAUUAUGCAAUUCGGUAAAUUGGAAGAGAUUAUACCCAUCGAAAUGUUCAUAUACUUCCCAAAUAUUAAGGUCAAGCCAGCGAAUGUUAAAUUUGGUAGUGUAUUGCUGAAUACAACAAGAAAAACAGUGAUUUCUGUUUACAAUUUGACAGGUUGUGCUGUAAAAUUCGAAAUUUACAAAUCUGCCAACGCCACGGCUUUCUAUGUUACCCCCCACUUUGCAGAAAUUCCUAGAAGCACUGGUACCAACAAGCAGUUUGUUGAUAUAUUCAUUUAUUUUACCCCAACAGAAUGCAAAGCUUAUCAAGAAUCCAUUAGAAUCGUUACCAAUAUCCCUAAUUACUUUAUGGAAAUUCCAAUGAAAGCCAGUGGAACUGUCAACGAAAAGUUUUAUGUGAACUAUAAAAUCUGAAUCAAUUAUUAUUCCACGAACUGUUAUUCAAGUUAUUGUGUGAUACCAAAAUUUACAAGAAUAAGAAAAUAUUCUGAAUGUUUUCAUGUAGUUCUUGUAUCUUCACAAACACUCAAAUCAAAAGAAGACGAUUUAUAAAUGAUAAACUGAUAUUAUUUAAUAAUAUCAAAAAUUCACUGUAUUGGUAUCUAUCAGCGAAAGAAUUUGGAAGAAAAUAUAGAGGUAGACGUUUAGACAUUAUUUUCAAUUCAAAACAAAAUGAGGAUUACAAAAAAAAAGAAACAGAAAAAGCAAUAGAAAUAAAAAAUUAAUGAAUAAAUGAAAAUAAAUUGGCAAACUUCGAACAUUACUUAAAAAGCUUCAUUCUCGAAAAUUCUAGGGAAAUGAU